UGGCGCGCCACGUCGGACUCUUCCCUCUCCCAAGACACUUCCUUCUUCUUAUAAUUCCUAACACGUUUUUUUUGUAAUUCAAUUCCUACACCCAUUAAUUCCUUCUUAUUGAGUUCUUUCUUCGUUUCUUCCUCCAUCUUUGCCUCUCCUUUGUUUUUCUUUUCUUUCGAAAUUGUUCAAUUCUAUUCUGCAAAAGGGAGCACCGAUAAUGGCGUCCUUGCGUCUGAAAUCGGUGCAGUAUCAUUUGGGAGUAAUUCGGGACUUGGGAUUUGUUGGUGGUCGGCGGAGGCGGCGUGGGGUAGAGGGUUUUGUCAAUUAUGCUCCGCAGACUUAUGGGUCGUCGUCCCCUCGCUUGGUUGUUGUGAAUAAGAAGAAUGCGCGGACUGAUUUGGAUGGUUCCUCUUCUUCUGCUUCUGGGGCUUCUUGUUCUUCUUCGUCCGUGUUUGAAGAUGAUGGUGAUCAUCAUAAUUGGUCCAAAUUGGGAUCAUUGGGAGCUAUGAUUAAUAGAGAAAGGGAUCGUGAUGUUGUGAUUGACGACGGCAAGCUUGAUACCUGGGUUAAGGAAUCUGUUGUCGAGAUCUUGAAUAACCUGGAGGAAGCACCUUUCCUCGUGCACAUAUACACUGACAGUGAGGAGGGAUCAGGUUCAGCAGGAUCUGCUUCUUCUUCUGGCAAGACUAGAUUAGUUAAAGAGAAGGCGACUGCAGAGAGCUGGCCGAGUAUCAAAGGAAGAUGGGGCGGAAAUGACCCUACACCAACCGGUAUUAUCUUGGUGGAAGAAAUGAAAAACAGUGAAGAAUCUGUGUCGGAAACAUCAUGUUCUUCUUCUUCAUCGACCAGAGUAUGGGGAAUACUAAUCCAAGGGAAAGGGGUAAGUUGCCCUGCUUGUUACAUCCUAAAGACUUGCAGAGUGAGGUCGGUUUUAGGUUGCUGCACUCAUUUCUGCUUAAUGAGAGUGGGUUGCUUCUUUGAAAGUGUAGAUAUUCAGCUCAAGAAUUUGUGGCUGGUGUAGAAAACAAAUUCUGGACAUUAAAUAUUCUUUACCUAUUGUGAUUCUUGAUCAUUUGAGUAUGAUCAGUUUGAUCAAAUGCCCAUGUUCAAAGAAGGAUCAUUAUUCAUUUAGUCAUCUACAAAUGUAUAGAUUGUCUUCCAUAAUGAAAGCUAUUAAAAAGUUGUAAGUCAUCUUCUGUUCCUUUUUUGAAGACUUAGAAUUUGGUUGUUCAGUUAUAUUGUUGGUUACUUGGUGAGUUUAUCUUGCAAGCAACUUCGCAAUUUAGUCAUCUAAGUUUCGAAGCAAUCUCUUAUAUGAAAUGUAAUCUUUUCCUCUUCUGGUUCUUCCACAUCAUGGUGAUUGUGAAAUGACCAAUGAUGAUGGACCGAUUACACACAGUUUUAAGCUGCCCUGCCUGUUACAUCUUAAAAGACUUGCAGAGUGAAGUCUGUUUUAGGUUGCUGCUCCCAUUUUUUUCAUCAGGUUCUGCUUAAUGAGAGUGGGUUGCAUCUUUGACAGUGUAGAUAUGCAGCUCAAGAAUUUGUGGCUGGUGUAGAAAACAAAUUCAGGACACUCAAUAUUCUUUAUCUAUUGUGAUCCUUGAUUAUUUGAGUAUGAUCUGCUUGAUCAAAUGUCAAUGUUCAAAGGAGUAUCAUUACUUAUUUAGUCAGGUACAAAUGUAUAGUUUGUUCUUCCGUAAUAAAAAGCUAUUAAAAAGAUGUUAGUCAUCUUCUGG